GACAUCAUCACAAAGAUGCAAGAUGACAAGACAGGGGGUGUGCCCAUCAGAACAGUCAAGAGCUUUCUCUCCAAAAUUCCCAGUGUCGUUACAGGUACUGACAUUGUGCAAUGGCUUAUGAAGAACCUCUCCAUCGAGGACCCAGUUGAAGCAAUACACGUGGGAAGCCUUAUAGCUGCCCAGGGCUACAUCUUUCCAAUCUCGGACCACGUUCUCACCAUGAAGGAUGACGGCACCUUCUACCGUUUCCAGGCCCCGUACUUUUGGCCUUCAAACUGCUGGGAGCCUGAAAACACCGACUACGCCAUCUAUCUCUGUAAGAGGACAAUGCAGAAUAAAGCGAGGCUGGAACUGGCAGACUAUGAAGCAGAAAACUUAGCAAGACUCCAGAGGGCCUUCGCAAGGAAGUGGGAAUUCAUCUUUAUGCAAGCAGAAGCACAAGUGAAGAUAGAUCGAAAAAAGGACAAGACAGAAAGGAAAAUUUUGGAUAGUCAAGAACGGGCCUUUUGGGAUGUGCACAGGCCAGUGCCAGGCUGUGUGAACACAACAGAAAUGGAUAUCAGAAAAUGCCGGCGUCUGAAGAACCCGCAAAAGGUUAAGAAGUCAGUGUAUGGUGUGACUGAAGAGUCCCAGUCGCAAAGCCCUGUGCACAUACCCAGUCAGCCAAUCAGGAAAACUACAAAAGAGGACAUCCGGAAACAGAUAACAUUUUUGAGUGCACAGAUUGACAGACAUUGUUUAAAAAUGUCCAAAGUGGCUGAAAGCUUAAUUGCUUACACAGAACAGUAUGUGGAAUACGAUCCAUUGAUCACGCCGGCCGAGCCGUCCAAUCCCUGGAUCAGCGACGAUAUCACUUUAUGGGACAUAGAGAUGAGCAAAGAGCCCAGCCAGCAGCGAGUCAAGAGAUGGGGCUUCUCUUUCGACGAGGUAUUGAAGGACCAGGUGGGGCGGGACCAGUUCCUAAGAUUCCUGGAGUCUGAAUUCAGCUCCGAAAACCUCAGGUUCUGGUUGGCUGUCCAAGAUCUCAAGAAACAGCCCCUGCAGGAUGUGGCCAAGAGGGUGGAAGAAAUCUGGCAAGAGUUUCUGGCUCCAGGGGCACCAAGUGCGAUCAACCUGGACUCUCACAGCUAUGAGAUAACCAGUCAAAAUGUCAAAGACGGAGGGAGAUACACAUUCGAAGAUGCCCAGGAACACAUCUACAAGUUGAUGAAGAGUGACAGCUAUGCCCGCUUCCUCCGGUCAAAUGCCUACCAGGACUUGCUGCUGGCCAAGAAGAAGAAAGUGAGCAAGGUCGUAGAACCUCCUUAG